AUGGAGUCUGUCCUUCCAUUUUUGAGGGAUAUAUCAAAUGAAGAAAUCGCCUUCGAGCAGCCUACGGCGGACAACCGCGAGGAGUUGCUGAAUUACAUGUGCGACGAAUUUGGCCAAGACGAACCUCUGAUUCAGUCGUUAGCUGCUACUCGAGAGGAAAUCGCACCGCUUCUUCUUUCGUGGAUCAACGUCGCCCUCAGCCAAUCGUACACGUAUGUGGUUCGCACCAAGCAAAACGGCAAGCUGAUCGGCUGUGCACUGAACGGCGUGGGAAGCGUGCAAGAGGUGUGUGCCCUCAAUGAGCAUGCGAUGUCCGAAAAGGCGCUCAAAGUAAUGAAGAUAAUGAACGAAGUGAAGCAGCCUCUGCUGCGGAUCGGCCGCGACCGAAAAUGUAUGGAAAUCAUAGCGCUGAGUGUCGCAAAUGGAUAUCACGGAAGAGGCAUCGGCAAGGCCCUGGUGUCCCUUAGCCUGGACUUGGCCCGGAAGUCGGGCUGUCGAAUGGUCGCUUCGGAAGCGACCGCUUUUGGAUCUCAAAAGAUAUUUAGCUACUUUCACUUCGAAACUUUGUACGAGAUUAUGCUCAACGAGUACCUGGAAGACGGAAAAGUGGUCUUCCCCGUCAAAGCUGGCACAACCAAAAGUGCCCUGCUCGCCUGCAAAUCGCUAAAUUAA